UAACAACCCUGUUUAUUUGCAAAUGAUAUGUGAUUUGAGUAGUCUCUCUUUAGUUAAUUUUUAGAAACGAUAAAAUAAUAGAAACCAUGCGCUAAAAACAUUAUAUUGCAGUUUUUAUUUUAUUAUUGUGUAAUGUAGUUGGUGACAGCAUCUUUUUUGUCAUUGGCUACAGUAAACAGUCACUGUGUUGUUUCUGAUAACAAACUCAGAUGGCUUGUGGUAAAAGCUUUUUGAAAAAUUCGCUAAUUGGAAUUCAAUAAAUGGUAACCGGUGGAGUAUUUAAAGAAUCUUGAGAUUAUUGGAAUGAUCAAAACUGGAAAAAAUUAAUACUGUAAAACAGAUUUAAAACAACAUUGUUGGCAUUUCGACAAGACUUAUCUUAAUAUCGUAUCUUUGUUAAAUCACCAUGAAAUGCUUAGAGCAAGAACCAAGCGACAAAACAGCUGAGACAUUAUUAUUGUGCAGUGAUAAACCGGAUGCUGUUGUUACCAAAAAUGCUAGUUUCAAUAAUUCAAGGACGAUAGAUAUGGAAAAAGCGGUAUUUAAGGUUAUUACACAAAGCCUGCAAAUCUAUAAACCUGUAGAAAUAAUGCUCUCAUUUAAUGGUGGGAAAGAUUGUACAGUAGUUCUGCACAUAUUGGCCAAGUACUUUCAGCAGGAAUGUUUGAAAAAUUUUAAAAUACCAGCACUAUACAUACAAGACUUAAACUCCUUUGAAGAAGUUGACGAUUUUGUUGAGUCAAGCAAAACUUUAUAUAAUAUUGAGUUAAUAAAACGAACAGGCAGAAUUAAAGAAGUUCUUUUUGAUAUAACUAAUGAAAUGCCGCAUAUUAAAGCUAUAUUCAUGGGCUGCAGAAGAACAGAUCCAUUUUGUGGAGAAAUAAAAGUUAUGCAACCAUGUGAUUUCAAUUGGCCAGCUAUAAUGCGUAUAAAUCCAAUAAUUGAUUGGAAAUGCGUCGAUGUGUGGAACUACUUAAAAUCAAAUUAUGUGCCCUAUUGUUCAUUAUAUGACCUUGGCUAUACAUCAAUAGGCAAUAAAAACAACACCAUUCCCAACCCCCAUCUAAAGAUAUACGGUGCUUCUAGUAUGAGGAAAAAAUAUAGGCCAGCUUAUGAAUUAGAAGAUGAUGAAUACGAUUCGUUGGAACGUGCUGGACGCUUUGGUUUCUCUAAAACAUGUUAGUGAAAAUAUAUGAAUUAACAAAGAGAACCUUUAAUGUUAAAACUUUACAAUAAUUUUAAAUAUUUAUUAAAAAUGCAAUACCAAAACACACAUGUAAAAUAAAAACUGCAAUUGGUGCUGGAAAAGUUAUAUUUCAUAUACACGAAACAUAAACUGUACUUUAAAAUUUGGCUAGACAUUGUCAUAUUACAAGGCAAAACUAUAUCGUUAGUGCGCCAAUUUACUUUAAAACAAAUAAAGCUUUGAGUUUAUCGCUAGUGUCUUCACUACUCAAAUCAAAGUCGACUGUAGAGUGCAAGAAACAAAGAUUCUAGAGUGUAUAGCGAUUGUGUCCAAUCAAUUUCAAAAUAUAUUUGGCACACAAAUGUCUUUCAUAUUACAAAAAAAAA